AUGGUAUCAAAUACCUUGCAAUAUACCGUGGACGACUGGGAGAACGAAAUGACGCUGGCCAACGAGGCCAACCUCGAUGCCUUUGCUCUGAACAUUGCGGUCGGGGAUGCCACCAACACCGGGUCUGUUGCCAAUGCCUUCUUGGCAGCUGAGAACGUGGGCUUCAGCCUGUUCUUCAGCUUUGACUACGCCGGGAACGGGGCAUGGGCCGAGUCCGACGUGGUCAGCAUGAUUUCUACCUACGCGCAGACUGGGGCGUAUUUCCAGCAUGCCGGCAAGCCCCUCGUCAGCACCUUCGAGGGCCCGGACAACGCGGCCGACUGGGUCUCAAUCAAAGAGCAGACGGGGUGCUUCUUUGUUCCGGACUGGUCCUCAGUUGGGGCAGAGGCAGCGGCGGGGCUCGCGGACGGUGUCGCGGACGGGCUGUUCAGCUGGGCAGCGUGGCCGUACGGCCCCAAUAACAUGAACACGUAUACUGAUGCCUCGUAUAUUGACUUCUUGGACGGCAAACCAUACAUGAUGCCGGUCUCUCCGUGGUUCUUUACCAACAUGCCUGGAUACAACAAGAACUGGCUCUGGCGGGGCGACGAUCUUUGGUACGACCGCUGGGAACAAGCGAUGUACCUGGCGCCCGAGUUCAUUGAGAUCAUAUCGUGGAACGACUUCGGCGAGUCCCACUACAUUGGGCCUAUUCAAGCUUCCGGGUCAGCCCUUGCCGACUCGACGUACACGGCAUUCGGCACCGGCGAGGCCCCCUACAACUAUGUGCUGGACAUGCCACACGACGGCUGGCGGGUGUUCCUCCCUUGGUUGGCUGACACGUAUAAGCAGAACAUCUCAAGCAUCACGCAGGAGGGAGUCCAGGCGUGGUAUCGGCGCAAUGUCGGGGGAGAGUGCGCGUCUGACGGCGGAACCACGGGCAACACUGCCAGCCAGCUGCAGCUGGAGUACUGGCCCUAUGAGAUCGGACAGAACAAGGUCUUCUUUUCUGCAUUGCUCGGAUCAACGGCGGACAUCACCGUAACGAUUGGUGGCGAGGACAUGGGUGCACAAUGGAACAGCACUCCCAGCGGGGGUGCAGGUAUGUACCAUGGAUUUGUGAGCUUCUCUGUCCAAGCAGGCGCGGUCGAGGUUGCAAUCUCGCGCAACGGGGCCACUAUUGCUAGUUUCACGGGAGCGGACAUCGUGAUCGGGUGCUCAAGCAGCACAAAUAUCGAGAAUUGGAAUGCCUGGGUGGGGAGUGCCAUGGCCUCGGCCACGAUUGAUGCCAAGCCAACAUACUCGCUCUUGGACGCCGUGUGUAUCGAGGGGUGGGGGACGGGAAACUUCGACGGACUCUGUGCGUUUACCUGUAGUCUGGGGUAUUGCCCCGUUGGGGCGUGUCUGUGUAAGAAGAUGGGCCCGCAGCCGGAGCUGCCCAAGAGUCUGGGAGUGGUAGGAUAUCCCAUCGCGGGGGAGACGGCGGAUUACAGUGGGCUUUGUGCCUUCGCCUGCAAUUACGGGUAUUGCCCGCCUGCGGCUUGCGGGACAACCGAAGUAGCCCUGACCGUUACCACCGCCUCGCCAUUUACCCCGGCCACCUGUACCGCGGGACAAGGGGAGGGAGAUCUCGCCGGGCUCUGCAGUUACGCCUGCAACUAUGGAUUCUGCCCUAUCCACAAUUGCACUUGCACGUCCACGGGGCCCUUGAAUGUGCCCCCUGUCGCGAACACCAGCAUCUACGGAUUCUACAGCGGAAGCGGCUCUGACAGUGGGUUGUGCGACUUUGCCUGCGAGCGAGGAUACUGUCCGUCGCCUACAUGUUUGGACGAUGCAACCACGACCGGCACCGGGGAUGGUGAUGACGAUGACGACGAUCUAGUUUGUGCGGACGAUGGGACGGACACGCGUGCCGUGUGUGACGAGGAGUCUUACACUGGUUGCGACUACAGCGUCUCGUUCACCAGCUUCAACGACCUGUCCACCGCUGCCGCAAGCUACAACGCCAGCUGUGUGAACUACUAUCUUAUCGGUGUCUUGUCGAGUAUGCUAGACGACACCCUGGCAAAUUACACCCAGAUGAACGGCAGCUACCAUGAUAAGUUCGAAGACUAUGUCAGCUUCGUCAAGGAGGAGGUGCCGAACACGCUGGAUACGCUGAUGGCGGCGGGGGGCGCGGGGAACGCCUACUUCGAGUGCACGUACAGUGCGGGCGGGAUCACGAACAUCUCCACCACGAGCUGUCCGUACCAGGUCCCGCAGACCGCGGACGACGUGGACGUCAACAGCGUCAUCUACUACGAUCUGGUGAAUGCGACGGGGUGGUGGGACAUGCUGUUGAGCGACUACGGGCUGCAGUCGAGCUGGGUGCAGCUCGGCGAACGCGUCAUCCAGAACUACUGCUCCCCCACGGCGACGAACACCCUCACGGGCUCGAUCUGCCACGAGCAGACCUACACCUGGAAGGGCUACCCCGUGGCCGCAACGGAUCUGGUGGUCGCUGACCCGGCCACCAUCAUUCAGACGACGUUGCCCAACAUCCAGAACCUGACCGAGACGCUGACCCUCACGCGGAUCCUGAUCAGCUCCGGCGCGUGGGGCGGGUCCCUGGAUGACAUCGUGCUGAGCGUGUCGACCGCCGUGUUCACCCUCGUGCAGGCCGUGCAGAACAUGGCCCAGAUUGAGGCGAUCGCGACCCAGUACGAGGAGGCGCAGAAGAAGGAGCUGAUCGAGGAGAUCAUCGGAGCGCUGUUCCUGGUCGUGCCGUUCCUCGGCGAGAUCGACGUCAUCUCGGAGAGCCUCGCGGGGUUGGCCGAUAUUAUCACCAUGAUCGGCGACACGGCCAUGCUGGCCGACAGUAUUUACGAGGUAGUGUCGGCCAAAAGCGCCAAGGACGCCAUCCUAGGCAUCUUCGGGGUGCUCCUGCUCGGCGGAGUGCGCUCCGUCGAGGAAUUCAGCGACAUGGCGAAUCUCCGCCGCGGCCUAUCGGCGGACGAUAUUGCCAAGAUCGGUCCGGACUGGGAGGAGGCCGAUACGGAAAUGAACAAGUUGGUAGAUGUUUGCUUCUAG